AUGAUCAAAGCCAUUUUCUAUAGCAAAUUCGACACCCAAGAGGGCCCCAAAGUCGUCCACCAAGUCCCCGAUGGGGCCAUCGUUCCCUCCAGUACCGCGCCCUCGCAGCCGCUUUUCCUCACCUUCUCUGAUAUCUCCUUUUUUGUGAUCCCCCGUCAGGAACUCUGUGGGAACCUGAUCCAGGUAUGCACCAAUGGCUAUCGCAUCCUUGGGUACCCCAUUUGCAUGAAGUCCCUCCGCUACGAUCGAAAUGAGUUCAUCUUCAACUUCUGUCUCGUGUUGGCCGAGGAAGAGGAUUUCAGCACAUACAUGAGUGUGGUCCAGAAACUCGCCGAUUUGAUGCAUGGAUUGGAAGAGCAGAAUGGCUUUCUGUCGAGGGAUCAUUCGAAGAGCGGCGAGGGCAAGGUGUACAGUUUAUGUGAGACUUUGAUGGAGGACUUGAAUAAUUAUUGCGAGAGCAUGAUCCCCAUUGAUGAAUUGAAUACCUUGAAUGUCAAAUUGUUCCCCGUCUAUCCUAUUCCUCCACCGGUCCGAGCCUGGCAGGUUCCCUUAUUCACCGUGCGAUACCAGGCCUUCAUGGACGAGAACUGGGAUCUGACAAUGCAACGGAUCGUCCCACACAUCAACGGCGUGAACAGUGUCCGCAUCAUCUCGAUCCUCGCAGACACCGACUUCUCGCUUACCUGCCGCGCGAUCCGGCAUCUCCUUUACUACGGCUGUCUCUUCCUCCUGGACAUUUUUUCUUUCUCCGCCAUUUAUGCGCCCACCUCUCAAUUCAGCUCCACCAUCGGCUCCGACGAAGAUAUGCAGCGAGAAUGUGCCCGCUACGUUAACACCACCUUUGCCACCUCAGUGACAACAUCUACAACGCUCAGCCCCGACCAACCUCCUAGAUACCACGACCCAGACGCAGUCUGGCCACCCACCGGCGACCCAGUCGUCCCCGGCGACAUAAGUAGCGUGAACGGGAGUCCCCCCGCCACGAGUCCCAGCACGGCGUCAAAAUCGAUAUCAACAUCCACCGCUGGAACCGAAGACAACGAUAUCUACCACGAAGCCGCUAACAACGACAGCAUCGUUGACGGCGUCGCGCUAGUCGAACUCUACGCGAGUUUAAAACAAGGCCAAAGCAUCAAACAAUGGUAUAUCCAACACAGUCGUAAACUCGCCCACAUCGACGUACGUCGAUUCAUCACCUUUGGCGUCAUCAAGGGCUUCCUAUACCGCGUGCAUAAAUACCCCUAUACAACGGGGUUGCCUGCCCCGCCGUUAAAAUCAUCCCACCACCAACUCCAUCACCACUACCCUACCAGCGGACCAUCAUCCCGUGGCCCCGGAACAGGCACAAAUAGUCCCUAUGCGUCGAGUGCGGGCGACGACCCAGCUCCGAUUUCAAUGCAGCAACGACGCGGCGACGAGCCCGUCGAGCGGGGAGAUCAAUCUACCUCUGUCCAGAGUGGGAGCCGGACAGGGACGGUGGUGGAUGAGGAAGAUGAGGAAGACUUCAUCGAUGAUAAGACGUUAUCGAAAUAUCUAGAUGGAGUGCAUUGUUUUGAUCAGAUCUGUACCGAGUUGGAGAUUAGCGAGAGGGAUCUGACGGCGAGGUUGAAACGGUAUCCAGGGGAAGUUCUGAUUAUCCAUCGUUAG